AUGGGUUCAUUGCAAAACGGAGAUGGCCAGUACCAAGGCCUAGGCCAGGACUUUACGAAGCAUGUCAUUGCAUCCAUGGGCGAAGACACCAAUCCUAGACUGCGCCAAAUCCUUGCCUCAUUCAUUCAGCACAUCCAUGAUUUCGCUCGAGAAGUCGACCUCACGACGGAUGAGUGGAUGGCAGGUGUGCAGAUGAUUAACUGGGCCGGCCAGAUGAGCAACGAUAGACGCAACGAGGGCCAGCUCCUUUGCGACGUCAUCGGACUGGAAUCGCUGGUUGAUGAUAUUACCAACAGGGUGGCUACAAGGAAUGGCAACCCCGGUACAGCGACAGCUAUCCUAGGCCCGUUCUGGCGCGCUGAUACACCAGUACGCGCGAACGGCAGUACUAUUGUCACUAAAUGUCCUGAUGAUGGCGAAGUCGCCCUCAUGCAUGGACAAGUUACUUGUUCUAAUACGGGGAAGCCUCUAGCCAACACGUCUGUUGACGUUUGGCAAGCCUCCACAAAUGGUUUAUACGAGCAGCAGGAUGCAGACCAGCCAGAACACAAUCUGCGGGGCAAGUUCAUGACAGAUGAAGAGGGCAGGUACAGCUUCUACUGUCUGAGGCCUACGCCUUACCCGGUGCCCAGUGACGGACCAGCUGGAAAGCUUUUGGGACUCCUUCAUCGCCACCCGUACAGGCCCGCCCACAUUCAUUUAAUCGUUCAAGCAGAGGGCUUCCAGUCGGUAACAACACAGAUCUUUGAUGAGAGCUCCAAGUACCUUGAUGACGACUCUGUGUUUGCUGUGAAGGAUGGUCUCACAGUGAAGUUUGCCGAUAGAAAAGGAGAUCCUAAGGCGAGCCUGGAGCUUGAGUAUAAUAUCAAGUUGGUGCCGACACAGUAG